CGACUAUGUGGAGUAUUAUUUAUACACUUAACACAACAGCAUUUCGUCGGGGGAGUGGGCUUUUUAAAAUCACCGUUAAACCAGAAAAUGACUCCGCUGAGUCAGCUUGGUUAACUGGACUUCUGAUCCCUAAGGCGCUGUGGUGUAACUAGUCCGUCUGGGAUUACACCGUUCAUGGCCCUCAGGGAAGAAACAAUGUUUUUGUCAGUUGUCGUCUUUGUCAGUUUUUCUGUAACGUCGGCCGUUGGUCACACUGAGCCUGCGGCGGACUCCUCGUACGUUGCCGCCGUGUACGAGCACCACUUAAUCCUGAACCCGGAGCCACAUGUCACCCUGUCCCGCGCCGCUGCCCUGCAACAUGUGCAGAAAAACUUGGAUAUCUACGAGGAGCAGGCCGCGCGGGCCGCCCGGCAGGGUGCCCAGAUCCUUGUGUUUCCCGAGGAUGGUCUUCAUGGUUUCAACUUCAGCCGAUCAUCCAUCUCUAGCUACCUAGAAACUAUUCCUGACCCCGAGCUGGAGAGCUGGAAUCCCUGCACAGAGCCUGGCAGAUACAACAACACUGAGGUUCUCCAGAGGUUGAGCUGUAUGGCACGCAGACACAAUCUCUACCUGGUGGCCAACAUGCCUGACCACCAGCCUUGCCCCCUGACGACCAGCCCUUCUUCCUCCUGUCCAUCUGAUGGACGCUGGCAGUUCAACACCAAUGUGGUUUUCAGGUCUGAUGGGCAGCUGGUGGCACGCUACCAUAAACAGAACCUGUACUUUGAGGAGGCCUUUGACACACCACCACAACCUGAGAUCAUCACAUUCGAUACACCUUUUGCUGGGAGGUUUGGCCUCCUCAUCUGCUUUGACAUCCUGUUCCACGAGCCCACAAUUUCCCUGGUGGAGAGGGGUGUACGUCAACUGAUCUAUCCCACAGCCUGGAUGAACCAACUCCCCCUUCUGGACACAAUCCAGUUCCAACGGGCAUUCAGCCUGGGUGCUAAUGUCACCCUGCUAGCGGCCAACAUUCGCAAUGACAAGCUAAUCAUGACAGGAAGUGGUAUCUACACUCCUUUUUCUGCUACCUAUCACCAUGCCCAGAUAGGAGAUCCAGAGGAAGGCAGGCUGCUGGUGGCCAGAGUACCAGUCUUAGACCCACUGUGGGUGGGGCAGAGCGUGGACGGAGAGGAGGGUUUAGUUAGGGAGGAGUCCACAUCCUCUAAGGAUACAGACUCUGGAUACUGUCACCAAGAGACCUGUUUUGACUCCUCUCAUCCUGAAACUGCUUCUACAGUCUCUCCCCUCUCUGUCACCUUUGUCUCAUCCAUGAUGUAUGACCCAUACACAUUUGUCCUCCUGAAUGAGACAGAGGGCAAACUUAAUGUGUGUUAUGGCACUUUUUGCUGUCACCUGCAGUACCGGCAGUUACCACAAGGGACUAGUAAAGAGCUCUAUGCAUUGGGAGCAUUUGCUGGAACUCACACGGUGAAUGGACGCUUCGCCCUGCAGGUGUGUGCAUUAGUGCGCUGCGCAGGGUCAGAGGCCAGUUCCUGUGGACAGGAAGUGGAAGAGGCUGAGACUAAAAUGGACUUCCUGUUGGAGGGGAAGUUUGGGACCAGAUACGUGUACCCAUCAGUUUUGGCUAGCCAUAUGGUCCUGGAGCAGCCAGAGCAUCUGGAGAAGACUGCUGAUGGCAGAAUGACCAUGAAGCAUUCAAACAUGACUGGUGGCCUGGUGACUGCCUGUCUGUACGGACGAAUGUAUCACUUAGGACCAAUGAAUGAACUGCUUUGAAAUAGAUGUGUGCGUCAGAAGACAGACAAUGAAAUACAUUUAAAAAUUAAUUGGAAAAAUAUGAACUGUAAUGACCAAGAUUAGGAAGGACAGUUCAGCUGUUACAGAUUUGUAUUCAGUCACAUACAAACUGCAAUAAAUCAAAAAAAGCAUCAA